AUGCCGUCGUCGAGGCGGACAUUGCUUCUGUCUUCGUUGCUUUUAUUAUCACCCAGCACAUCCGCAUUCUACCUCCCCGGUGUCGCGCCGAGUUCAUACGAUGAAGGCCAAUCAGUGCCGCUAUAUGUGAAUCAUCUCACACCCGGGAUCGCCAGGCAGGAUGAUCAAUUACACGCUGUGCUAUCGUACGAUUACUACAACCCCAUAUUCCACUUCUGCCAACCCAAGGACGGGCCGGUAGAUGUCCGCGAGUCGUUAGGCAGCAUCAUAUUUGGAGAUCGAAUUCGCACGUCGCCGUUUGAGCUGCACAUGGCAAAGAAUGAAACUUGCAAGGCUGUUUGUGGCGAGGUGGAGUUUGGACCGCGGGAUGCGCGAUUUACAAACAAUCGCAUUGCUCAGGGGUAUAACAUUAACUGGUUGGUGGAUGGGUUACCGGCUGCCAUGUUGAAUCUCGAUCCAAUCACUGGCGCAGAGUUUUACAACCCGGGUUUUCUCAUGGGAACUGUUGACGAAGGCGGCCAGUCUUUCCUCAAUAACCAUUUUGAUAUCAUCAUCGACUAUCACAAGGUCGGCCUCGCAACACAAGACAAGUACAGGGUCGUUGGCGUGCUAGUUCAACCAGACUCUCGCGGCGACUCGUUCAUUGACGGCAAUAAUCAAGUUGACUGCGGCGAGGGAGGCACUGCCAUGGUUCUGAGUGAGGAAAAACCGACAAAGGUUGUUUGGACAUAUAGUGUUUACUGGAGGGAAUCAAACACAGCAUGGGCAACGCGAUGGGAUAAAUACCUUCAUGUUUUUGACCCUAAGAUUCACUGGUUCUCUCUCAUCAACUCUUCCGUUUUCGUGGUUUUCCUAGUCGGCAUGGUCAGCAUGAUUCUCAUCCGCGCAUUACGAAAGGAUAUCGCCCGAUACAACCGACUCGACCAAAUCAACCUCGAUGAUCUUAAUGGUACCUCUGUCGUGGAGGACGGCAUUCAGGAAGAUUCGGGCUGGAAGCUUGUUCACGGAGACGUCUUUCGCUGCCCGAAGAGCCCGUUACUUCUAAGUGUUCUACUAGGAAACGGAGUUCAGUUGUUUGUCAUGACUGGUGUGACUGUUGCGUUUGCACUAUUUGGCUUGCUUUCUCCGUCUAACCGAGGUUUUCUUGGGACCACAGUUGUCAUUCUGUAUACACUGUUUGGAUUCAUUGGAGGUUACGUUUCCUCGCGCGCUUAUAAGUCGUUUGGCGGUGAAGCCUGGAAGCGCAAUAUUGUCAUGACUCCUCUUUUGAUUCCAGGCAUGGUCUUUUCCUGGUUCUUCUUACUGAAUCUGUUCGUUUGGGCCAAGGGCUCAAGCGGCGCCGUACCUUUUACUACCAUGAUUGCUGUAAUUGCUUUUUGGUUUGUGAUCAGUCUUCCGCUGAGUUUCGUGGGUAGUUGGCUUGGAUUUAAGUCUCAGGCUUUCGAGGCUCCCACCAAAACAAACCAAAUCCCCCGACAGAUUCCACCGGCAGUUGGAACUCUUCGCCCAAUCCCUUCGCUCCUGCUCACAGGCAUUCUACCGUUCGGUGCCAUCUUUGUCGAGCUCUACUUCAUCAUGAACUCCCUGUGGACUAGCAAGAUCUACUACAUGUUUGGAUUCUUGUUUCUCUGCUACGGGCUGAUGGUAAUUACCACUGCCGCCACUACUAUCUUGCUCGUCUACUUCAUGCUCUGUGCUGAAGAUUACCGCUGGUCAUGGCGUGCGUUUAACGGCGCCGGUAUGACCGGAUUUUACGUGUUUGUGAACGCGCUUAUUUUCUGGGCUACCCGCGUCAGCUUUGGAGGGUUGACUGGAGCGGUGUUGUACGUUGGAUAUUCGGCCUUGAUUGGUUUCUUGGUGUAUAUCUUGACUGGUUCAAUCGGCUUCUUCGCAAGCUGGGUCUUUGUCCGAAAGAUAUACUCAUCCAUCAAGGUGGAUUGA